CGCAUGGCUGCUGAGAUAGAGGAACUCAUACAAGUUGUGAGGUUCAUCUUACUUCCUGUCAAGCAAGCAAGGCAAACGAAAUGGACCGCCCUUUGUUGAAUUAACUAGUUUUCAAGUGCCAUGUAAGCUUCAAAGUGUGCAGACUCGGCUUUCACAAUUAUUUUAACUCCUGGGACUCAUCUCAGAACAGGAAAUUGCCACUUCAAGAACCACACAUUUACAUUGUAAGGUGACAUUCCAGUGCCUUGAAACAUCCCACAAGGUUUUCACCUUAUUCAGAGUGGGACAGAAUGGAGGAUGCUCAUGACAAAAGAAGUACACCUGCCGCAAAUUACGAGUAUAAAGUGGAGCAGCGUGCCGUGAAGCACAGAGAAAUCAGCCAUCGCAAUAACACAACAUCAUGUCGCAGUCCCACGAGAGAUCUGGACACAAGGUGGAUUAAAACUGAAAUGCAUCGCAAAAGACAGUUUGAGUUCUUCAAAAGAAGACCAGUGGACCAUGGCACAUACGCACUGUUAUCUGCAGUGCCAAGGCACAGAUACUCAAGGGAAACCCUGCAUGCACCAGAGCACAUGACACAAACCUUAACGUCAAUCAGACAGUCCUCGAUAACAAGUCGAAAUAUAAAGCUCCAGAGAGAUGCCGUUAACUUUACAAAGCAGACCGUCUCCAUGGAUCCAGUGAAUGAUGAACAUGACCUGAAAUCAGACGAAUGGAAUGUACCAGUACUCAAAUCUUUUCGGCUUCGUGGGAAAAUUAAAAACGAGCGAGUUCUGCUGAAAGACAUCACUCAGCUCUCAAACACCCAGAAGACAUUGCAAACAGCCAGCAUUCAGACUGAGUCUGGAUUUGUUACCGUCAAAGAAGCAGAUGUACACCAGUUGGCUGACUAUUUAGAAGAGGCCUUACAAAGAGAAGAGGCUCUUAAAAAGAAGCUCUCCAACCUCCAGAAAAGUGCCGUCGCAUUACUGCACUCUACAGAGCUCCUGUGGAAGACACGCUGUGAUGAGGACUUGCUAAAGAGUAAGAUCAAAAGCCUGGAGGCUCAGCUGCAGGUUUGCAUCAAGAAGGCUCCUCAGGAUGGAAUGAAAAAAGUGGUGCUAAAUAUUGAAAAACAGAGGGAGGAGUAUGAACAGAAGGCUCUUAAGGCUAUUCAGAGGGCAGAGAAUGAGAAGGCAGAAGCUCAGAGUAAAAUGGAGUACCUUCAGGGGGCUCUGCAGACAGCACAGGCAGAGUCUGAGCGGUGGCAGAGGCUGUGUGAGGAGCUGAAAGUGGGUUCGAGUCAGGCGAAGAAGAGGCAAGAUGAAUGCAACGAUCAGAUGUUACAGCUGCAGGGUCACUUGGAGCGUUCUGUGGAACAGGAGGAGAUGCUGAGGAAACAGAGUGAAUCUCUGCUACUGGAGAGAGCAGAGCUUCAUUCCUGCAUCUCAGAGCUGGAGGAGGAGAACCUCAACCUGAGAGAACAUCUACAGGAACUCACAGGACACAACUAUGAUCGGUGGAACAGUAGCACAGAAAUACAUGAAGAUGCUUCAGCCCCUGACCAGCUCCUGAUGACAGAUAACAGCAUAGCCAGACAACUGAGCGAGACUGAACACAGACUCAAAAUGAAAGAAAAAAAGUGCAUGGAGCUGCAGGGGGAUCUUGAGGCCCUGGAGCAAGAGUGUUACAGCUAUCAGUCCCGAAUGACCCAGUGUAGAGAAGAACUGAACAUACUGAAGGCACGCAAGAAUAACAGCAGGAGUCGAUGUUGUGGGUCCUGGCUCUGUAUAGUUCUGUUUUUACUGCUUCUGAUGGUCGUGUUGGUGGCAGCCCUGUGGUUUCAUCAUCCACCUGCCAGAGAGCAGCUCCGCCAGUUUUACUCUGUCCUGGAACAGCGUAUGGAGGACUACCUCAUCCAGAAAGCUUCAGCACAGCAUGGAGCCUGCUUUAGACCUGUGUAAUGAUAAGCGCAAGCC